AUGAUGAAUUCUCUUCAAGAAUUUGAAUCUUCAUCAAACAAUAAAGACAUGAUCAACACCAACCCUAUGAGCAUAAUAACAUCCUCAUCCUCAUCCUCAUCAUCCAUGAUGACAAUAUCAUCAACUACAUCAGCAUCAUCCUCAACAACAUCACCAUCUUCCCCAUCAGCAACCACAACAACACCAAGUAGAUACGAGAAUCAAAAGAGAAGAGACUGGAACACUUUUGGACAAUACCUAAGAAACCACAGACCACCACUCUCACUCUCACGUUGUAGUGGUGCUCAUGUCCUUGAAUUCUUGCGCUAUCUUGACCAGUUUGGAAAAACAAAAGUCCACACACAGAUUUGUCCCUUUUUUGGUCAUCCAAAUCCACCUGCACCUUGUCCUUGUCCUCUACGCCAAGCCUGGGGGAGUCUUGAUGCACUGAUAGGAAGACUUAGAGCUGCUUUUGAAGAGAAUGGUGGGAAACCAGAAGCUAAUCCUUUCGGUGCUCGUGCUGUUAGGCUUUAUCUUCGUGAAGUUAGGGAUUCACAGGCUAAAGCUAGAGGUAUUAGUUAUGAGAAAAAGAAGAGAAAGCGUCCGCCUCAGCCGCCACCACCACCAAAUGCAACUGGAACUGAUCUUGAUCACUAA